AUGAAUGUCUGGUCAGGGUCCAUUCCGCUCAAUUCGGACUCCAAGUUGGAAGGGAUUCGACUCGUCGACCCAAACUCAUAUUGGCAGUCCGAGCUGUCUAAAGAGUCCCAAUUAUGUCUCCGCAGUUUUGUCAAUCCAGCGCUCAUCCCAUUGCACGCACGAGCUGGCCCCAACCUCGAGCUGCACACAUCGCACGCGCGAACUUCACAAUGGCUGCAAAGCAAAUUGACGGGCACCAUAUGGCUGAACGAAGUUGAACAAGCUCUCCAGCAAACCCUUCAAUGUCCAGUCGGUUUACUGCUAAGCGUUGAAAAUUCUAAAACCAGCGCAACAACAAACCUCUUAGUGUACGGCGUGCUCUCGAACGCAUCAUGUACACGCCCACCCACCCCACCACAUUCAUCGCCCUUCGAAGUCCAACCAGAAACUACGCCCACUCCCCGAACUCCCUUUGACCUUAGAAUUUAUGCAGCACCCCUCUCAACAACCCGUCUUACCCAAGCCCAAUCACACCCAUCCCCCCCACCAGAUGCAGACAGCCCAGCGCGCUGCGCAGAGUUCCUACCGGAUACCAGCUCUCCCAGCCCUAAGCGCAAACGAGUCGCAACGCUCUUCCAAGUAGCAGAGCACCACCAUCAACGAGUCCGCCAGCGCGGCGGUGAAGCAGUCUCUCAACUAAUGGCGCCUUCUCGACCAACCUCUUCGCAGAAACAAUCCCUCCGCAUCAAGCGCGAGCCAGAAGACGAUGCUCCAUCUCUCCCAUCUCUAGACCGCCUCGUCUCGCGCCGCUCCCGCUCUGUCUCCGUUGGCCCAAACAUGCAUCGACCCGGAAGUGUGCGUGGCCGCGCAACACCUGCCGUUGCCGAUUCCCAUAAACGCGCCCCGACGCCUAAUCCAUUCCUGGAACGUCGUGCACAGAGCCAGGCUCAACCGCCGUCUUUGCUCUCUGCUGAGAAGUCUAUCUCAACGCCUAGCUCGCCGGCCAAGGAUCCCGAAACAGUCAUUGCAGAGAAUAAGAACUUGAUCACUCGCACGAUCUUGACUUGCAUGCGAUUAUACGGAUUCCAUCGGGCGGAUGUGCGUUCUACUUCGAGGUCUGCUUCGAUGAACAAGCCUGGCGCGGAAUUUGAUGAUGGAUCUGGUGCUAGUCAUGCGCCUGAACCUCGUGCUGAGACACCGGGCCCGGCGACAGAUGAUGAUGAGUUCAAGAAUAUGUACCAUGCUACAUACAAGGCUGCUGCUUUUGCGCUCAGGAAGUACUUGAAAGUUACUGUUGUUCCUGCGUUGCUUGAGAAAGAAAAGGCCAUGACCUGUAUUGAUGAAUUGCUUAGGUUGUUUUGCGAGGAUCAUUGA